UCUCAGUUGCUCUGUGACCAAUACUUUAAAUAUGCCUGCGGCACCGGAGGGUCGUGGGCCCAGAGUGUAGAGGUUCACCCGGGUGGCUUCCUCUUCCUCAGCAGGGCCCACCUACAUGAACGGAAGAACGACUGUUUGGAUGUGGAGACACAGGCACCUAGCUAGCUCCGAGCUGUCAGGUUGAAUACUGUAUUUUUUUUCUAGCUCCUGGCAGCAGGAGAAUUUAUUCGAAGGAUUUAACUUUUCCUCGCGUUGUUAUUUAGUCUCACUGGAUGUGUGCUUACGGUCCGCAAGAGAACAGAGUGACGUGUGCUAAACACAAGGCUGUCGAUGGGGGAAUUAAGUAGUCUACCAGCCGUCUGUGAGGAUUUCACUUCUCGUGUUUUGAGUCAUGGUCGAAGCUUCGUCACUCUGUCAGAAUGAUGGGGGUUUCUCUGCAGGCGCGCGGCUCAGUGGAUCGCUGUAGUAAUAUGUGAGUGUGGUGGAUGUCCGAGGCCUGGGCCUGCCUGCCUGCCUGCACUGUUGUAUUGUGGCCUGGGCUGGGAUACACCUCCUGCACCGGAUCAGCAGCGUUAAUUACGGCUCGGAGAUUACCCCUGUUUACGGAGUAGCAGGCCUGCGCACACAUCUGAAGGAGGAUUCAGGUGGGAAUAAUAGAUGCGAUUUCCAAGUCGUGUGGAGCCCCAGGGGUGGGAAGAGCAACUGUGCUGGACCAGAGCGUGUGGCAAACUUAGACACUUCUGAAAGAUGAACGCUCUGCUUUCCAUGUGACAUGUUGUAGAUCACACUGUUCUAUCAAGACGGGGAAGCUGAAUUUCAUCAGGAGGGAGGGGGGCGCCACCUCUGUCAUGAGGGACAUCUAGGGCCACCGACUUUUUUUUAUUUAUUGAGGGGGGAGCGGGUUACUUUUUAUUGAAUAGUUUUGAUUUAUCAUCGCUAACAGUGGCACUCUUAAGGGCUGCACAGAUUUUAGACCAGGGUGAUCAUUGCUGUACAUGCUCAUGAUAUGCUUUCCGUCAUUAGCCUCAGGCUCCACUUGUCUAAUUGUGUGCAAGCAAGAAAAAUAAUUUAGAGAAAGUGGGUAGAGGCAUUAUGAUAACGGGGCACAUCAGAAUAGUUUCUCUUUCGAUAUAUUCGAAAUAGCUGGUGUUGGAUCAUUAAAACCCCAAAUCUGUUUUCUAUGUUUUCGCUAAGUUUCAUUAGCCAUAGUUAGUGUUGCAGUCUGAUAGCAUCACCAUCACUUUUAGAAGAAGGUUCUGAAAGCAGGCAUUUCUGCAUCGUUGAAUGGCUCUUUGCGACACAACUGCUACAAAUGUUACAAAAAUGAUGGCCGCUUACAACGGUGGCUCCUCAGCAGUGGCUGCCCAUCACCCGCAUCACCACCACCAGCUCCAGCACCUUCCGCCUCCCCACAUGCACCACCACCACCACCACGCGGGUCAGCAUCACUUACAGCACCCGGGCUCCGCCGCCGCUGUGCACACGGUGCAGCAACACACCUCCACGGCUGCCGCUGCGGCGGUGAUGCUCAACCCCGGCCAGCAGCAACCAUACUUCCCCUCUCCUGCCCCCGCACAAGCUCCUGGGCCGGCGGCGGCCGCGGCUCCCGCCCAGGUUCAAGCCGCCGCUGCCGCUGCCGUCAAAGCUCACCACCAUCAUCAUCACCACCAUCAGCAGCAACACACGCACCACCUACAACAGCAGCUGGACAUAGAGCCUGACAGGCCCAUUGGCUAUGGAGCGUUUGGGGUUGUCUGGUCAGUGACAGACCCCAGAGAUGGAAAGCGAGUUGCUCUGAAAAAGAUGCCCAAUGUCUUCCAAAACCUUGUUUCUUGCAAGAGGGUAUUUCGGGAGCUGAAGAUGCUAUGCUUCUUCAAACAUGAAAAUGUGCUCUCUGCUCUGGACAUACUACAACCUCCACACAUUGACUACUUUGAAGAAAUCUAUGUGGUGACUGAACUGAUGCAAAGUGACCUCCAUAAGAUCAUCGUAUCACCGCAGCCUCUGAGCUCAGACCAUGCCAAAGUUUUUCUUUAUCAGAUUCUAAGAGGACUUAAAUAUCUUCAUUCUGCUGGAAUUCUACACCGAGACAUCAAACCUGGCAACCUCCUGGUCAACAGCAACUGUGUGCUCAAGAUCUGUGACUUUGGCCUGGCCCGUGUAGAGGAGUCAGACGAGUCACGGCACAUGACUCAGGAAGUGGUGACACAAUACUAUCGAGCUCCAGAAAUCCUUAUGGGUAGCCGCCAUUAUUCCAACUCCAUCGAUAUCUGGUCUGUGGGUUGCAUCUUUGCUGAGCUGCUGGGGCGGCGCAUCCUCUUCCAAGCCCAAAGUCCCAUUCAGCAGCUGGAUUUAAUCACUGACCUGUUGGGGACUCCUUCUAUGGAGGCGAUGAGGACGGCAUGUGAAGGUGCUCGUGCACACAUUCUUAGAGGACCUCACAAACAGCCAUCCCUUCCUGUUCUGUACACACUCUCCAGCCAAGCAACCCAUGAAGCAGUCCAUCUCCUCUGCAGGAUGCUAGUGUUUGAUCCGUCAAAAAGGAUUUCAGCCAAGGACGCCCUGGCUCACCCUUACCUGGAUGAGGGUCGACUUCGGUACCACACAUGCAUGUGCAAAUGCUGCUUCACCACAUCCUCUGGCCGUGUUUACACCAGCGACUUUGAGCCUGUCACAAACCCCAAAUUUGAUGAUGGCUUUGAGAAGAACCUGAGCUCUGUGAGACAGGUCAAAGAGAUCAUCCAUCAGUUCAUUUUGGAACAGCAAAAGGGGAGUCGAGUACCACUCUGCAUUAACCCUCAAUCAGCUGCUUUUAAAAGCUUCAUCAGUUCCACAGUGGCUCAGCCCUCUGAAAUGCCUCCAUCUCCGCUGGUGUGGGAAUAGCUGCUGCUGUGUGUCAUCAUCUUUCCCAACUGACAAGCUGCUAAACUGGGAACAAGAACUCAACAUCUUCUAUCAUCUGCGUAGCAUUUCACUGGAGAGCAGGACUCACAGGUCUGCUGUGUUUAUGCUGAAAUAUGGAACAAAUGAAGAGAAAUCUACUGAUAAUUGCUUUAUCGAGAGUAUUAGAGGGUUUGGUAGGCAAAAGAGUGAGACACUCUUUGCUCUGUAGACCAAAUGUGAAUGUUUUAAACAAACCCUACUGAUUACUUACAGGUAGACAAGAUUUAAUAAUUAUACAGUGAAGUACAUUUGUUUUGCUUUAUGCAUUAAUACAAAUUCUUAAAAGAAGAUGUGUAUUCCAAUCACAAACUGAUUAAUUCCCCAUACAAUUAGGCUCCUCUGCCUUAUUUUGCCCACCUUCACCGCUGUAAUAGGUAAUUGACUUUGCUUCUUAUUCAGACAAUCUGUUAUAAUUGUGUUGGUACUCCCCAUAUUUUAUAAGACUAUGCCUUCUGGCACAUUAAUAUGUUAAUGUUUUGAAAAUAAGUUGUUACAAGUUUAUCCCCCUGUGCCCCACCCCCACCCCCACGCCCUGCAUAUUUGGUUUUUAUUCAUGUAACACUUAAUUUGCCAAAGAUCAGGAGCCUCAUGUAUAAAUAAUGCAUAAAUAUUAAGAUUGUGUGCAAAUUUGCAAGGUUUUGGAUUCAUGCUAUUAUUCAAUUUCUUUUUGAUAUUUACUUAUUUGUUUGACAGGGCCAGUGCUCAUCUACAAAAAAUUAGUUGGUUCUUCAGGCAAAUUUUUUGUCUGUUACCUGUGACCAGUUCUUGAAAAGACACCCUAAAAUUACAAUAAAAUUAUUUGUUAUGUAGCAGGACAGACAAUCAUAUCAGGCCACAUUUUGAAGCAUCAGCUAUUUAAACAAACUAGUUCACAUGAUGUUUUGUGAAGUUAAAGAUGCUUCUACCUGCUCCAAAUGGCCUACCUUGAAGGCUGAGUGAACAUCCUGCCAUCAUAACCUCAUCCAUCUCAGUCACACUGCGUUCUGGUCGUCUGUCUAACAGUUUCUGUUUCUGUUGUUACAACACCAACUUUAAAAAAUUGUUGGAUGCACCCUCCUAUAGUUUUGACAUCAGAAAGCUAGAUGCAGGUUCAGACAGUGUAAAAGGACCUGACAGCCACUGUGUUUAGAAUGCUCCAGGGUUAGGGGUUCUCAACACACUAGUCAUUACAACUUUAGAAGGAGGUAAUCUGUCUGUCAGCUUCUUUUACAGUUCUCCUGUCCUUAGCAGCCAAAAUGGAUAGGUACAGCUUUAAACUGGAAGUAUAAAGUAUUUUAAUGUCAUGCAUAAUCCUACGUUUUCAUCAUUUCAUAGUUUCUAACCUUUUACAGCUUCCUUCCAUGUAGAACGCACUUAUAAGUUUGAUUCACAGCUUCAGUCGUUUACUUAUAAAACCACAACAUGGCACUUUUGUUUGUCGUCCAGGCAAAAUAUUAUGGAUGUGAACUAAAUGAAUUACAACUAAAUUUUUAAUGUCCGCAUCAGACAUUUACACUGUUCACAGUUAUUGUCAAAGAAGAAACACAAAUCCAGAAAUGUAAAAUGUGUAAUGUAUAAAAAGAACACACACAUAGAGGAAUGUAAUUAUUGACAAGAUAUAGUUUUACAUAUACUGUAUAUCUGUUCAAACAAGUACAUCUAUGCAUGUAUCUGCUAUUUUGCGUAUGAUUUCAGUGAUGAAUGUAUGCAACUGUUUAUACAUGAGGCCCCAAAAUAGUAACGACAAUAAGCCUGUCCCAAUUUGUAAACCUUUCUCAGUAAUUGUAGAAAGGCUCAGGCAUCACCUGAUUAAAGCAACUGCAGCUUUAUUUCUGGUUUAAUUGAUGAAACUGUUAUCGCAGUGUAGGUUAGAACAAUGUUCUGCUAAAUUUAAAUGGGAUCUGCUUGGUUGGUUGGAAUAGUGUUUUGUUAUUGAGAUAAUUGAACUUGAAGGUGAAAGUUUAACUUGCAUGCAACACAAAGAACAAUUGAACUUUUCAUUGAAUGGGAAAUAUGUUGAAGAAGGGAUCAGAGUAAAAGCUAUCCUUAUACUAUGCCCUGCUUCCAAAUUACACAACACUGCUCCUGUGACUUCAGAGAGCAUACAGUCAGUGACUGUACUGAUGAAGGGAAAAGGAGCAGAACAGGAAAUUCUAGUGUUUCUCCAGUCCCCUUCUUUGACCAGCCAUAACUAUUGUACCACUAAUACUCACUUCAUGAGUGGCAUAGGGGUAAACAGUUCGAUCAGCCUAACUGAGUACUUUUUCUUUUUUUUGUUGUGAAGGAAUGUGUAUUGUCUACUUGUGUGCCUCCUAAAGUCUCUGCUUGAAUAGUAAGAUAACUAUUCACACAAUCAGCCAAUCUGAGCAAAUUUUACCCCAAAGAAUAUGAAGAGAAAUAUUCCUGGUUUAAACUUCACUGAACUGAAAUGUCAGUUUUCUAGUGUUCCUCUGUGAUCUUUGCUUGACUUGCUGUCUGUAAAUAGCACUUGAACUGAGCUGAAUGAAGACAGAUUUAGAAACAUAGAUACCUCCUUGGCUGCUGCUGUAUGUCACUGCUGUGCAUCUCCACGUUCACCAUCCACUAAUCAGGAUCCACUAAUGAAUAAAUAUAAUAUGUAUUGACAGAUGCAGACUCUGCAUGUCCCAAAAGAAGUUGUGGCCAUUCGGGGUUUAAAAUUUGGGCAUAUAACUGAUUAGAUCUGCUCUUUUAACUGAAUUAGGUUCCAAUAAGUAACCAUUUAUUACUUAAACACAUUUCAUUUGCGUACUUGCAGAUAUUUGCUGCCCCAAUAUGGUAACCAUGCAGAUGCACGUCAAAUUGCAAGCACUGUAUCUACAUUUCUAUAUCUGUUUAAAUGAUAACCUGUAAAUCCUGCUAGCCAUUCUAGUGUUUUCAGUUCUUCACAGUCUGGCUCUUAUUUUUGUGCAGUUGGCCAUCGUUUCUGUCGUAUGAAAACAUUUUGGUCACACCGACAUGUUAAUAGUCUGCUUUCAGUUGGGAAGGGACCACUGUUGUUUGUUAUCCCGCUCAUUCUGCCAACAUUUCCUGUCUUACAGCAGCAUUCACAACUGAUUGUGCCAUCUGAACCACUUCCUUGGCAUAAACACAAAGAAAAUAGUAUAAGUUACUUCUCGAAUGGUCUGUUGGGAACCAGAUUUCUAGGAUUUGCUUCAAACCUGUCUGGUUGUUUGACUCAUCUAUGUCUGAUCAAAGGUCUUUUUUUUUUAAACUUUAUUUUACUUUUUUGCAAUCUCACUUCACAGACAACAUCAAAAGAAUGAACAGUAGUAAAUACAUUUGUUCAAAGGAUAUGUAAAGUACAAAUGGAAAAGUAUGUUAUGGGCUUAGUUAAUUUGCUUUUAUACUCCCUCCAUGCUUUUCCAGACAGUGUAAGGAAUAAACAGGUCUCCAUUGUUUUUGACAUAUUUUAAAGACAUAAUUCAUGUUCUGUCAUGUUAAACAUAUCUAAUAGAUGCUUAGCAGAAUAGCGGCAGCAUGUCAGUAGCAGUAAAGUAGAAACAAGGAUCCAAUUAGAUCUACAUAAUCUUAACUUUAGACCAGUGAUGCUGAUGUACAGAUUUUAAUAGACCAGCUGACAUGUUUAAACUGAGUGAGAUGGACAACUUCUCUGUUAUUUUAUUAUAUAUUUAUUAGGUCUCAUCUGAAAUUUUUUUUAUCCAUAUUUCGUUUUAACUUAUAGUACCCAUUUUGUUUUCUCUCUUGGUCGUAAACCCAAGGCCACAGCUAUGUGUGUGUCAUCCAAUGACUAAUAGGGAUGAUGGCCAACACUAUGAGAAUCAGACCCAGAUUGUGAAAAAUAACCCACCUCAACAAGCAUAGAAGAAGACAGUGGGCGUAUGGUAGCUUAAUUUACGCAAGAUCAAAUCUUCCCUUGGAGCCCACCUAUGUAAAAAGAUGUCUGUUCUACUUGUUCUUCUUCAGACUUUAAGGAUAAAUGGGGAACUGACAUCACGAUGUCUUAAAAUGAAAAGAAAUGGAACCAAGAUAAAGAACCAGCUAAACCAGCAAUAUCCCUCUUAAGGUGGUAAUUCUUUGUAUUGAAUUGCAUUCAAGAAGCUCACCAUAGAAGAGAAGCAAGUAGCAUUUGAAUGACACAUAAAUGAUAGCAUGGUCUCAUCUAUAUGGGUUUUUAUAUAUAAUGUAAUCCAGUGCAAAAGAGUGCCACUGCUCCUCCUCAUACAUGUACACUGUCUCCAGAAAAAAAGAGCUUUGAAGUAAAUUAUUUAAUAUAUUUUUAGAAUUGUUUUUUAUUCCUGUUCUUGUGUCCUAUGGCAUGCAUUAUUCUCACACCUCAAAGUAUGAUCAUGUAUAUAUGUUAAAUAGAGAAGCAAAUCUAUACACCAACCUAAAGAACAAUACUACUGUAUAGAAAUUGUAUUAGCCUGCACAUUUCGAGGGCUGUGAAGUUCAUCUUAUUUUUAAAAACUUGCAUACAAAUGUAUAUAUUUUCUUGAUUUUUACCCUGCAACUAGGAUGUGUAGAGGACAACAAAUCCUGUAAUGAUUCACAGAAUACACAGUCAUGUUAACUGUAACUUGUGUGUACAGCAGAGUUGUAGAUAUAUCUAAGGAGAAGCCUUUUUUGUUAUUGUUAAUUAUUUCAUCACAGCAACACUGUGAAUAUGUAUAUAAAGGAUUUACUGUGUUGGUCUCUACCUCUGAGCUCAAUAACUUGGCUUUGUUUACCUCCACACAUUUCUGGUUUCAUGUGGGGAUGAAUUACAAACACUUGAAUGUCUAUUCAAGAUUUUAUACUGAAAUAAUAAAAUAUACCCAACCCCACCCCACCCCUUUUUUUGACACCGUCGAAGUGCAAAGCAUCCCCCUGAAGUUUUGAAUUUCUCUGAUGUUUGUAUUAUUGUAUGGCAAAGCCCUACCAAUAGCCCAGGGUUACCUGACUGUUAGUCAAUUUUCACUCUUUGAUAGAAUAAGACCUAAUGGGGAGGGAAAGCCAUUGUUUUUGCCACAGUGGCUGUGUUCAAAGCUCAAUGUCAAAUGAUUUGAUUUGAUGAUUUGAUGCAAAGACUACUUUUGAAAUUUCACACAACAAACAACAAACAGCUUGGGAUAUUUUUAGGCUACUGAUUGGCCACAGACCAGUGUAUUUUUUUUUGUCUGUGUUUGGUUUUUUUUGUGUGUGUGUUUCUUUUUUGGUAGGUUGUACUUUAUGGGGCUGGAGGACAACAGCAUUUCAUUGAAUCAGAAUCCAGUAUUGGAGCCACCUAUUGAAGUCUUAUACAUUCUAGUACCUUAGUUUAGGUUUGGCUUUCAAUAUUUCCAAGAUGAUGUGCAAUUACUAUGGCCUCAGAAGCGCUGAGUUGAAUCGCCUCAAAAUGCACCAACACACACAACGUACGAAUGAAGUAUGCUAAGCAAAAUCUCUCCACAGACAUCUAAUGUUUGGAAGCACAUCCACUUUGUGUUAUCACAGCAUUAAAAACAUACAGAAAGUAGAAAAGUAGAGGUGUCUUUUUCUUUUCAUUAUUUAGCAUGAUUGGAUACUUUUUUAUUUAUUUUGCACUUUAUAUGUCAGUGGAUGUUUAGCCCGUUAUGGUUAAAGAAGGCAAAUUGAUGCUACAUUGUUGUUCCUUAUGUUAUUCAAAUUAUUGGUUAUUUUUAAUAUAGGCCUGUAAGAAAAUAAAAAGCUUAUUUACGUAUCAGCUGGUUAAUACACAUGAAUGUUCAUCUAUUUUAAUGACCUCUUAAAUGUUCAAAUAGCAGACAAGCAGAAAUUGACACAGGGCAUGACUGAAUAUUAGAUUCGGAAUCAUAUUGUGUAUGCGUAAGAGUAUUAGUGAUAGAACACAGCGUUUAAGAAAUAAAAACUGAAACCAGUCCGCGCUAUACGGUACAUACCAGCAUAUAGCAUCACAUUUUGUAGGCAACCUCUGGGGUCAAAUCUGAGAAUUCCAGCCUCAAGGAUAGCCUUAGAAAUCACUCUUUUUUGCUUAAAAUCUUCAUGCUUGAAAUGUUUGCUACUAAUAAAGAGCACGGAAUUGUAUAAUAUAUCUAAAGUGAAUAAGUGAUUUGUCAGUAGCUCCUGAUCUUUUUUAACUGAUUAUGGGUUUUGAUGUGAAUCAGCUGUUUAAGUCUAGCCCUAGCAUUAUACACAUUUUUAUAUUUUAUUUUUUUUAUUUAUGCAGUUGUGAUUGACUGCAGGAUGGUUGUUUUCAGAUAACAAAAAUAAAAGCAUGUCCCAUCUGUUGCACAUGAAACCAACCACGAAAGACAGCAGCAGAAACACUUGUGUGAACACAUUGUUACAACAGAAGUUUCUCGGGGACACUAACGACCACUAAAUUACACCAGAAGCCACAACAUUAAAACCACCGGUUUAACAUUGGGUACAUCCCCCCCAUGCCACCAAAACAGCUAUGGGCACUACGGACUUCCGAUGAUGUGCUGUGCCAUCAGGCAAAGAAUGUAUUAGCAUCAGAUCCUUCAAGUCCUGGAAGUUGCAAAGUGGGGCUCAAUGGACUUGUUUUUCCAGCACAAUCCCACACUUUAGGUCAGACAGAGAUCUAGGAAUGUGGCUUCCAAAUCAACACCUUAAACUCUGUGUCAUAUUCCCCAAGUUCCUGAACAAUUUUGGCAAUGUAGCUGGGAGUUUUAUCCUGUUGAAGAGGCCAUCUGAAAAUACUGAUUCCAUGAAGGGGUGUACAUGGUCUGUGACAUGGUGUACUAUGGAAUUAACAUCUACUGCAAGACUAACUAAUGCAGCCCUUACUCUCCAGACACAUCAGUGAGCGUUGAGGUGCCCAUAACCUGCUGCCAGUUCAGUGGUUGAUUCUUCUUUAACGACUUUUAGUAGUAGCUCUUGUUUACCAGGAACAUCCCACAACGACUGUUGUUUCAAGAUUCUCUGACCCUGUCAUCUAUCCAUCACAAACUGGGCUUUGCCAGUGUAACACUGCUACCUAUUUGGAGACCUGACUGACCUUGACAGGUACUGUUGGAACAAGAAAAUCAGUGUUAUUCACUCCAUCUGUUCAUGUUUUUAAUGUUGUUGCUGAUCAGUGCAUGCACCUUGUAACAUUUUCAUUAUGGGAUUAUGAACAUAUCUGUGCUAACUUGCUGUCCUACUGCCAUAUUCACCCUAUGGCCUGAAAACAGCUUUUGCGCCUGUUACCUGGGGCCAAUUAACAUGUCUUACUGAAAUUAAGAUUAGUUUGACCUAAAGGUGAAAGACACAUUAAUAAGCAGUGUUUCUGAAUGUAACUGAACAACAACAACUACUGAUCACAGUGAGACCAAAUUCAGAUUCUGACUCAAGUCCAAUUCAACUACCAGGUUUGCUACAAAGUUUGAGACCUCAGUUUGAGUCUGUGUAGACUUCUGUUAACAAUGGUCAUUUUGUAGCCUGCAGGUCUUUGGAAAAAAUGACCUUCACAACAGAUAAAAUCCAGCAAAUUAGAAGCUAGCAAGUCCUGCUUCCCAAAAAGCCCCCUACUCCAACAGUUUUUUUUAGUGGUAUUGUUAAUACAGCCUUUUACUAAUCACUGGUGUGUUCGUCAGGAGUUAGUGUCCUCUGGAAAUGUCAUUCAUGUUGUAACUUGGUUAUAGUACAUUGUUGAGUACAUUUUUUUGUGUGUGCCAUCUAUGCCUUGUCACACUGGUGAAAGUGUUUUUCCAUCUGUUUCAUUUUUGUUAUUCAGUUCUUUCUAAAUUUGACAAACUUUCAGUACAUUGAGCCAUUCUAUUAUUGUCCAAAGCAUAAAAUUACAAGAUGUAGCUCCUGUUCAAUGAGUACAUGAUUAUUUUUCCAAAAAGGCUUUGUUAUGGGUUUACCCUGAUGAGGCUUGUAGUUUGUUAUCGGUCACAUGGCCAAAGUUAUAAGAUGGCAGUGUGUUAUUUAUUGUAGAUUAUCCCAUACCUGUUCAAAGAAGGAAUAUUCUGUGCAAAGGAGCUAAUAGAAGUGAAGCAUACUGUGGGUAUUUUGUUGGAAACUGAAUGGGAAUUUUCUCAGGAAUGAACACAACUAGCAGUGGUGGCUCUCCCUCCCCAUCCUGUAUGAACUCUGUGUAGAUUCUAGUUGUUUUAUUUUGCUUUGGAAUGAAGUACUUGAAUCAAAUGAUACUCAUUUUGGAAAAUUGUAGAGUAAUAACUGGCAAACUUUAUGUAACAGACUAACCACAUUUCAGCAACUACUGGACUAUUUGAAAUGAUAUAAUUUGCUGUCCUAAACAAUGUUUGUAUAUUUGAUGUUUUAAUCAGAUGCAUUGUAAUUUGAAUAAACUAGCAGUAUAUACAGUACAUAGAUGUAUCUUUAAACUCUGCGUUUAUGCACUGUAAAUCAGAGUCAAUGACAAGGUAUCCAGUUGACAGUUGUGAGGUUUACCUUAAAAGUUCCAUCUGGAAAAUAAUGGUGAAAAUAUUAAAUGUGACAUUUAAAGAA